CCUGAGACGAAUCAAUUGAUCUGCACCACCAAGUUCAACAGACGAAGUAGCGGAUUAGUGGUUCAUGGUACUCUUUGCGAGGUCUCCAUCCCCAAAGCGCCGCCAGUUGCCCCCAACUACAACGCGACAGGUCUCUACCACCAAAGGUACACAAGAAGUGAAGCUCCUACCGUCGGGAGUGAACGGAAUAUCCUCCUUGUCUCCAAGUGCAAUUUCCGUUCAUCCAAACUCGAAAGCAAUACUGUAUACAGCAGGUGGACAUGCAGUUUUAUCGCAAUUCCGUGGGCCCGAGGAGACCUUACAACGAAUCUUCUCUGCGCCGAGGAAUGUCGAGGCAGCGAAUGAACGUUCCCGAGCCCGGUAUGCGAGUCCGGGUGGCCCAGCAAAUCCGGUAGAUGCUAGGGCUGGCAGGCGCUCGCCAUCAAAGCUCGGACCGAAUGCAAGCUUGGCUGCUGCAUACAUCGUCAAUGGGAGCUCGCCUUCCUCCAGGGGCCGCUUCAGCGCUCCGAACACCGGCAACACAUACUCUGACAAAGGUUCAGAGAGCGGUGCUCCUGUAUGCGCCAACCGGGUCAGUCCUUUCAUCAGCACAGCUCUCUCACCCGAUGGAAGAUUCGCUGCUGUCGGAGAAGAGGGUGCUAAACCUCGGGUUCUUAUCUACUUCCUCGAAGAUCUUGAAGCCAAUAACUACCCAUUCGUCAUCCAGGAUAACGACCACGGCAUUCAAUGCUUAGCAUUUAGUCCCUGUUCGAGGUAUCUGGCAGUGCUGGGUGUCAUGCAUGACGGGUUGAUCAGUGUUUACGAUUUGGGCGUCAAGACACGAGUACUCAAACCCGAGCUUGUAGCGAAGAAUAAUGUGAAGUCCGCUAUCUUCGAUAUGCAAUGGGUCAGUCAUGGAGAAAACUCGACGUUGGUGACCGUGGGACGUAGGCAAGUGCGCAGAUGGUUUUGGACGACGGACAAGGAUAAACCGCCCGGGCACUCAAAGUUCGUCCCAGCUUUACUGCAGAAACGAGAUGUUAUCCUGGGUGACGAGGCGUUCAGUGAUGGCGAGUUCGUGUCUGUACGUGGUCUGGGAAACGAGAAGGUGGUGGUCGCAUCUCGCACUGGUUCCAUCUUCGCCUUUGAGGAAAACGGACCUAACAACCUUAUGCGUGUACACGAUGUCGGUCACGGUGUUCUUAGCAUGGAUGUCGAUUACAUUGAUGGCUGGCUCUGGGUUGGUGGCCCAGGCGGCGUUCUGACACCGGUGGAUACGGACCUGUUCCAUUCUGGAUCCUCCCAGGGCUCGCGCACUCCGCCCAAAAUCCCAGCUCUGGUACCGUCCGACGCUGACAUCACCACCGUUCUUUUCCUUGGCAAGAAUCAGAUUGCUGUGGUCAAUGAUCGCCGUACUAUCCAUCUUCUGACUGUAACUGCGAAGGACGAGGAGGAGUCGGUUCUUGAGCGCAGUGCGCCAUGUCACGAAAAUGCUAUCAAAGGUGUCAGGAGGUUAUCCAUGACUAACUCUCUGGGCGCAACACACAUGACAUGGGAUGCGCGGGCUGUUUGCUUCUGGACGGAGAACAGUUUCCUGCUCGCAAAAAUGGAUAUCGAUAUCGAACAGCGUAAUUGGGGCGUUGACGAGUACGAGGUCAACGAACUGGAGUGUGCGGCGUUGACAUCGGACGGGCAGCUCAUUGCCGGCGAUAAAUACGGUACUGUCUCUGUUAUAGAUUUGGAAACCGAGGAGAUUGUUUUCCGGAUGUCUGACGCACAUCUUGAUGCGAUUUCCGGUAUCGACAUAGCGAAGAAUGGCGAUGUCCUACUAUUUGUCACGGCUUCCCGCGAUCGGACGGCGCAGAUUUUCGCCAAGUCGAAAAGCAAGCCAGCAUGGCGUAUUGUGGAUACUGUGGAGGAUACUAUGCCUAUGACUCGUGCUGUUUUCCUGAGGAAUGCGCUGGUUCUUGCCACUUGCUCCUCUAACGAGAAAGUUCUCACGAUCCGCAGAUUGGCGCGUCCACCAAUGCAAAAUGAGGCAAAUGAACUUCAGAUGGCGUUUACUCUUCCGCACAAGAUUACUCUAUCAAAUUCACCAUGUGACAUGCUUGCUCGCAGCGCUGGCAAGAGUGAGCUUAUUGUGACCAGUUCUGAUGGUACUGUUCACAUUAUCGAUUGUGGAGAUGCGGUAGGCCUGUUGCCGCCAAAGGUGGAUACAUGGAGGACAGACACGGCCUUGGCACGCGUCAGUAUUAUGCACCUGGAUCGGCCAGUGUUGGUUCGCGAUCAACAUAAAAAGCAAAGGCAGUCCAACUUGCUGAUUGCUGCGAUCGGCAAGGAUAAGAGUUUGAGAAUUUACGACUACGCAACUGGUGGGCUGGUAGUAAGCCAAGCACCGCAGUGCCGCGGUCCCACAGGCAUGGUUUUUGUUAGGUACUUCCCGCAAGCCAACGCAGUUCACGCAUAUGCACUGGUUGUCACGACGAGUGAUGGUGUCAUCUGUCGCAUGAAAGUCGAAGGCCUCAGAACAGUCUGUCCUGUUGAUUCAUCAAGCCCUGCCCUCGCGGGACGUGUCGUAAGGAAUACCAAGACCAAGGAGCAACUCGCUACAUGGGAGAUUUCCGAAGCCCCUGGGACCCGCAUGUCAGCUCAAGAUGGAGCUCAGAGCUCCGCUACCUUCGACAGCUACGAUGAUGAGCUUGCCAAGCGGUUCUCUCCCGUUGGCGAGUGUCCAUCUACUCCCACUGGUCCAGGGAAACGUGAUCCGGGGCGUACGGGGCGUACGUUCGGCGUGCGCAAGUCUGUUUCCAUUCCUAACCUGCGCCAAAGCGCCGCUGGAACGAAUCGCGGUCUCGAACCGCCUGAGUCGCCAACAAAACUCGCUCUGCGUUAUGCAGCAUCCAAAGCAGCGAGACCGGAUAUGACCCCGCCAUCCCGCGCAAAGGUUGCAUCUUGGCUUAACGAUGCUGCGACCAAUGCCUCGGUCAGCCCCGUUAAACCUUCUAUGAAUGGCAAAGAGGAAGCUCUGUCGGUUGCGGAAGAGAUUGUGGUUUCCUUGCGGUAUCUACGCAAUUUGCUUCAGACAGAAGACAUCGCAAAUGCAAAGAAAGCUCCAAGAGAAGAGGAGACUUUACAGUCGUUAUUGAAUGAGUUCAAGAAGACUUCGGACAUGAUCACGGGAUCCGGUGUCGAAGCGAAUAGUGCCGUUAACGAUCUGGAGAGAACCAUGGCCAGACUGGGUAUGGAGGGUUUCGCCAGUCGACUCGUUGAAGAAGUGAGGAAGGCAGCAGGAGGCAAGCCUUCUCUGAGUGACACUCUGGCUGGUUUGGAGUCCCGGGGAGAGGAGAAAGAGCACUCAGAGUGACGGUGUGUAGGAUGGAGAGCAUAAUUCUCAAGGCGGUAUAUGGCGGUGUAUGGCGUACUUCUUAUUGUUAGCACUUUAUAUGGGAUAAUCCUUAGGCUUUCAGAGCAUCA